UGCUUGCUUGCUUUCUUUCUUUCUUCCUUUCCUUCUUUUUCUUUCUUUUCCUUCUCUCUUUCUUCAUCACUUUCUUCACUACAAUCAUAUUCAGAAAGACAAAUGGAAGGAUCACAAAGAUCAGAGCUUCCCAAUUAUCAACUUCAAGUCUCCUUCCUCUCAAAUGCACCGAACCCUCAACCCAUCCACGAAAUGGGGUUUCUCCAUUUUGAAGACCACAAUCAGGUUUUGAGCUUCGUGGCUCCUAAUAACAACGCCGCCACACCCACUACUGCACCACCCACCACCACCACCACCACUACCACCACCACCGCCAUGCCUUCUGCCUUCACUACCCCUCCUCACGCGCACCUCCUUACUAGACCCUCUUGGAGCAACGACCAGGUGGGAACACUAGAUCCAAAGCCCGGUGGCGAUGAAAACUGCACUGGUAGCACCAGCGACGGCACCAAUUCAUGUGCCAGGUGGAGAAACUCCAACGCAGAUAAGACCAAAGUUAAGGUCAGGAGAAAGCUCAGAGAACCGCGUUUCUGUUUCCAAACAAGAAGCGAUGUCGAUGUCCUCGACGACGGCUACAAAUGGAGAAAAUACGGCCAAAAAGUCGUCAAGAACAGUCUUCAUCCACGAAGCUACUACCGUUGCACGCAUAGCAACUGCCGUGUCAAGAAGAGGGUGGAGCGGCUGUCGGAGGAUUGCCGGAUGGUCAUAACUACAUACGAAGGUAGACACAAUCACUCCCCUUGCGACGACUCCAAUUCUUCCGACCAUGAACCCUUUACCUCCUUCUGACUUUAAUUACACUUUUACCCCUCUCCAUAAAUUUUUAUUAUAUAAAUUAUUUUCUUUUUUGUACUUAAAUUAUUUAGAGAUAACAUGGAUUCCUCUCCAAAUGCUCCCUAAAUUCUGCCUUUUAUUAUUAUUAUCAUCAUUAUUAUUAUUCCCUUUGCUGCCCAUUCAUUCUGAAUAACAAAGGAGCUGCCCACACCUGGAUCGGAAUCUCAAGGCCCAGCCCAAAACCAUUUAUGUGUCACCAAUUCAUGAGAUUCUGAUCCAACCACUGAUGUUGUGGGAUGUUUUAUUAGUGUAAUAGUAGAUUAGAUGUUUGAAUUAUUUCGUUUUGACAAAUUCUUUUACAGUGUUGUAGAAUGUGAUGUUGUGAGAUCUUUUAUUAGCUUAAUGCUAAUUGACACGUUUGGUCAA